AUGCUGGGCUCUGGCGGUUUUGGUGACGUUUACAAAGCUCAAAAAGUUGGUACCGAAGAAUUUUAUGCCAUAAAAACCCAAUAUCACGAUGCAAGCAGCAGACGAGCGGACCGGCUCAAGAUCGAAGCAUCGGUUAUGAAUGCAAUCAACAAUUUCGAGGAUGCAUCACGGAAGAACCAUUUAAUAACACUGAUCGAUCAAGGCAAAACCGAUCAAUUCCAAUUUAUUGUUAUGCAGCUGCUUGGGCCAAGCAUUUCCGAUUUACGGCGAUAUUUUAUAUGUAGUGAAUUUUCCAGGUCCACGGCGAUGCGUGUUAGUCAGCAAACACUACAAGGUAUCUGGGAUCUGCAUGUGAUCGGCUAUUUGCACAAAGAUAUUAAGCCGCAAAAUUUUGCUAUCGGUCUGAACGAUAAAGCGCACGUAGUGUAUUUGAUCGAUCUCGGAAUGGCGCGCAAAUACAUCGAUCAGCAGACCAAAAAAAUCAAGUAA